AUGGCCGUUAGCACUCGAGGAAGCCAUCGCAGCCCAGAGAGGUGGUGUGAGAGUGAGGAGGAGCUGCCCUGGGCGAGGGUCACCCCGCAGCACUCCCACAGCGUGUUGAAGCGGCUCGUCUCAGCUGGCGCGGCGGAGGGCCUCCGGCAGAGUGAGGCGCUCGAGGCCCAGCUCGCGCCGGGUGCGCCCGAGGACCCCGCGCAGGUGCUGGCGCAGCCGCCAGAGCCCCAGAGGCGCGCGCCCGCUGGGCUCGUGGGCGUCUGCACGGGCGCGCCGAUCUACGACGGGCCCACCAUGGGUUGGGAGGACUGCCGUGCGCGGUGCGUCGGCCACUGCAGGUUCUGGAGCUACUGGGGCGACUCCGUGCAGCACCGGUGCAAGCUCACCGUGGACUGCGACAGGCGCGGGCGCGAUGGCCGCCACAGCGUCAGCGCGCACCAGAGGGUGCUGGACGCGGCGGGCGAGCAGGCCGACUGGAGCGGCGAGACGCCGCCGCUCGACUCGGAGCCGCAGGAGGAGGCCGUGCAGGAGAUCGUGCAGCAGGUGGCCGCGCCCGAGGCCGACCAGACGGCCUGCUCCCCGCGGGGCUCGGCCCGCAAGUUCGUGGCCUCGCCGCAAAGUGGCUGGCACAACCUGGGCCGGGCGCGCUCCUACGCCAGCUCGAAGGGGUGUCCGGUCGAGACGGCGGCGGCCGGCGGCCCCAGGGCAACAAUCGCAGCCAAACUGAAGACGUGGACUGUCGGCCCAGUGGCAUCUUCGCUAUUCGACUACGCCAACUGGCACAUUACCAAGCAUGUUCUAGUCAAGGCGCGCAGGGGCCGCUGCUACGGCUUCGCCAGCGACGUGCCCGAGGCCCUCGAGCGCAGUUGUGAGGACACCUACUGCUGGCUCUUCGGCUUGGCGUGCCAGGACCAGGGCCUCGGGGCGGAGGCUGCCCUGGCCGGUGGCAGCGACCCCCUCGAAGCGGAGGCCGAGGUGGUGACCGCCAAGCAGCACGGGAUCGAUGACUCCAUCGACGUGGGACACAUUGUGAGCGCCGAGGUGGAAAAGAAGCCCGACGAGCUCAAAAGCGCUCAGGCGCUGGCGCCCGAGGAGAAGAAUGGUCACAUGAAGGAGAUCGCGCGGAGGAUCCAGCACUUCUUCCAAGGAGCGACGAGGAGGUUCCGAGCACCUCGCGCAGGCGCAGAGAACAGCAGGGCGAACGACAGCGGCCCCGUCCAGGCGCAGCCCCAGGCAGCGCAGCAGGUCGGUCACGCGGCACCGGAGGUGGAGAUUGGCAAGGCCCGGGACAGCGAUUCCGCCGAGGCGGGGAGCAAGACAGUGCAACAUGCCAAUUUGGGACUGGUGGGUCGCAAGGAGGCGGGGACUGCCGAGGCCAGGUUCAGUGACCCCUUCGAUGGCGAACCCCAGACACCAAAGGAUGACAAGAAAGUGGUGACUGCCGAGGCUGGUGAGACAGACAUUAUGGAUUACGAGAGAGAGCUGAGAGGCGUCCGUGACGAGCACCAGCUCGCCGCGCGGGCGAGGCGAGGGACCAGCACCCCGCGGCACCACGGGAGCGCCCAGGUGGGCGGACGAGCCCACGGAGGCCCUGGAGGCGGUGGCGGCAGAGGCGGCAGGCGAGGGCGGACGGCGCGCGGAGUCGCCCUCAUCGCCGCGCUCCGCGCGCUCGAAGGGCAGGCGAGCCACGCGCCAACGCGCGCGCCGUCGCGCCGGCGCCGAAGCCGACGGCCCUGCUGCGCCGAGUGCCCAGGGGGCUCCCGCGGCGGAGGGCCCGCGGCAUGCCCGCCUUGCCUCGGGGGCGCCUCAGGGCGGCCAGUCGCCCGCAGCCCGCACCCCCAGCGGCGUCGUUACGUUGGGGGACCUAGGCCUCGGCGGGCUCGGGCCGGCGAAGGCGCGCCAGCAGCCCCCCUCGCAGGGCGCAUCGUUGCCCGCCGACGCGCUCGCACUGCAGGCAUCCGAGAGCUGGGGGCUGAUGAGCACGAGCCCCACGACGGCCGCGCGCGCCACGGCGCCACCGUGGGUCGCGGGACCAGGCUGGUGCACGCCGGGGACCCCGAUGAGCUCGCCGGCCGGGCCCGCGCGGACCUGGCCCCUCGGCGACGCCAGCACCAGGGCUGCGCCCCCGCCGACGUUCAGCGGCGCCGCCGGCGCGGACGCCAGCGCGAGGGUGGCGCCCGUGCCUCCAUAUGCAGUGCCGAUGGCGUUUGGCGACGCCAGCGCCCGUCGCAGCGACGCCAGCACGCGCACGAGCCCGCAUUCGUUGUCUUCGAGCGGGCCACCGCGCCGCUGUGGGGCACCGCCGCCCCCGCCGCCGCCCCGCUGCCCGAGGUGAACCCCGCGGCGCCGGCCGCUGGCGCCGGCGGCGCCGAGCGAGCCAACGCGCCCGCCGGCCCCGCGCUGCAGACGUGGCUCUCGGCCAGCGGGCUCGGCGCGAGCCGGGACAUUGCCGCGCGGCUGCGCGCCGCGGCCCCCGACGUCUACGAGGACUGAAGGGGCCGAUUCGAUUUUGGAUCAACCGCGAGCUCCGGCUGCAGAAUACGUGGCGCCUGUUGUUUGCACGGUUAGGUCAAUGCAUUAAUCGCAUCUUCGCGAAUUUUACAGGCUCCCGAUGCGCUUGUUUUCUUAUUUGCGUGGCCUGAAAAAGGGAGACUUGCCCAGCGAAGUCUAUGUGAUAUGCAAUGCCCAGCGAAGGUCUGCUGUGAUUCACCGUCUCGGCGACUCAUGGCAGUUCCGUGUCAGAAGCAGUUUCGUUUUGGGCAUUGCACGUGCUCUCUCGCCCUUGCCCGCAGCAUGUUCGCAGCACCGCACGGG